GUGUUCCUCGUCGCUCGCCGCACUGCUUGGCGCCCGGGAAGCGGUGGUUGUGGAGGGGGAAGACCGGCUCGCGGCUCUCCGGCUUCUGAGGCUUUUGGGGUUUGUCGGAGGAAGAAGGCGGCGCGAGCCCGGAGAACCCCGCCGCGGCCGACCCUCGGCGACUCUCCUGCUGACCUCCGCGAGCCUUACCCGCCGCCGCUGUUGGUUGGAGGUGUGUACGGGGGCCGGGCGGGGAGGUCGGUGUGGCGGUCGGAAGGGGACAUUCCCCGCGCGCGCGCGCGAGCGUCGCGGCUCGCGGUAACCGUCCGGGGCCCGAGCUCCGGUGUCGGAGACGCUGCUGCGGCGGAGACGGAGAUAUUGUUCUAGCCGUCGGCUGCCUACGCCGCGGAGGGUGCGUGCGCGAGGAGCCGAGCCUUCUCCUCCGAGCAUUCAACAUUGUGCAGCAAAGAAAUGGUUAUGGAGAAGCCCAGUCCGCUGCUUGUAGGGCGAGAGUUUGUGAGGCAAUAUUACACUUUGCUGAAUAAAGCUCCAGAAUAUUUACACAGAUUUUAUGGCAGGAAUUCUUCCUAUGUUCAUGGUGGUGUAGAUGCUAGUGGAAAACCCCAGGAAGCUGUUUAUGGCCAAAAUGAUAUACACCACAAAGUGUUAUCUCUGAACUUCAGUGAAUGUCAUACCAAAAUUCGUCAUGUGGAUGCUCAUGCAACCUUGAGUGAUGGAGUGGUUGUCCAGGUCAUGGGUUUGCUGUCUAAUAGUGGGCAGCCAGAGAGAAAGUUUAUGCAAACCUUUGUUCUGGCUCCUGAAGGAUCUGUUCCAAAUAAAUUUUAUGUUCACAAUGAUAUGUUUCGUUAUGAAGAUGAAGUGUUUGGUGAUUCAGAACCUGAACUUGAUGAAGAAUCAGAGGAUGAAGUAGAAGAAGAGCAAGAAGAAAGGCAACCAUCUCCUGAACCUGUGCAAGAAAGUGCUAAUAGUGGUUACUAUGAAGCUCACCCUGUGACUAAUGGCAUAGAGGAGCCUUUGGAAGAAUCCUCUCAUGAACCUGAACCAGAACCAGAAACUGAAACAAAGACUGAGGAGCUAAAACCACAAGUGGAGGAGAAGACCUUAGAAGAAUUGGAGGAGAAGUCCACUACUCCUCCUCCCCCAACAGAACCUGUUUCUCUGCCACAGGAACCACCAAAGCCAAGAGUUGAAGCAAAACCAGAAGUUCAAUCUCAGCCACCACGAGUCCGUGAACAGCGGCCUAGGGAGCGACCUGGUUUCCCUCCUAGAGGACCAAGACCAGGCAGAGGAGAUAUGGAGCAGAACGACUCGGACAACCGUAGAAUAAUCCGCUACCCAGACAGUCAUCAACUUUUUGUUGGUAACUUGCCACAUGAUAUUGAUGAAAAUGAACUGAAAGAAUUUUUUAUGAGUUUUGGAAACGUUGUGGAACUUCGCAUCAAUACCAAGGGUGUUGGGGGAAAGCUUCCAAAUUUUGGUUUUGUGGUUUUUGAUGACUCUGAACCAGUUCAGAGAAUCUUAAUUGCAAAACCAAUUAUGUUUCGAGGAGAGGUACGUUUGAAUGUGGAAGAGAAGAAAACAAGGGCUGCAAGAGAACGAGAAACCAGAGGUGGUGGUGACGAUCGCAGAGAUAUUAGGCGCAGUGAUCGAGGUCCUGGUGGUCCACGUGGAAUUGUGGGUGGUGGAAUGAUGCGAGAUCGUGAUGGAAGAGGACCACCUCCAAGAGGUGGCAUGGCACAGAAACUUGGCUCUGGAAGAGGAGCUGGGCAAAUGGAAGGCCGCUUCACAGGACAGCGUCGUUGAAGCUCCACUGUUGGCAAAGUCUUGGCAGUGGUACAUUACUCAUCGUGUUUGCAUUCUUGUUAAUUUUUUUUGGCUUUGGAAUGUGACACAGCCUUUUUGAUCAUUUCUUUGAUGUGAAAAGCAUCUUUGGUUAUCAGUUAAAUUGAGGUGGACAUUAUUUCCCCAAUUUCACAACAGGAUUCACACUGUUAAUUUAUAAAUCUAGACUUGAAGAAUUAAGGACUGAGAAAUGACCAUAUCUUAAAGUGUCUACAACAAAAUGAACUUAAAAGGACAUGCCCACUGAAUUCAGGUCCUUUGAGUGUAAAAAUAUUCUCUGCUGCACAUUUUGUUUAAGUGUUACUGUUUCUGCCUAUUAAUGUUGGAAACACAAAUAGUGCAAUUUGUGCAAUUGGAGAACCUUGCCUUUUUUCUUGGCUUCCCCCCAAAAUACAAACCAACAGAAACUUGUUAUGCACUCAUCAAAAUGCACUAUUGGGUACUCUGAACUCAUUCACAUUGACAUCUGCAACAGGAGGCAACAGGGAAAAAAAUCUUUCUUCAUCUUUUUGAGUAGAGAAUAGUUGUGAAAGAUGAGGGCAUUUUAUCUGCUUGCUGUGCAACCAGCGUGUGUACACAUAUACCUUAACAAGACUACAAUUAUAUUCCAGAAGGAAAUCAUUUAGUUAUGAACUAAAUAACAAAAAUCAGAACUUCAAAUGCUAUGGUCUUGAACAUUAGACCAGAUUUCGUAGCUCCAAAUCUUAAAAGAGUUUUCUACCUGCCCCUCUUCAGUACAGGGAUGGCUGGCUCCUCAACAUACUCCUCCUCCCCCUUUUCCUUUAAGCUGUGUACAGUGAAAAUUGUCUUUCCUGUAUUUUUGUUCUCUGGUAAUGUAAUAAGCAUGAUGGUGCCUUCUAUUAAUACAUCAUUCCAGUCUUGCUGGUAAUUUUGUACAGUAUAGUUUAUGAUUGCUGUGCUGCAAAGCCAAACAGCUGCAAAAUGUUGAAAAAAAUCAUUGGAAUGUAUAAAAAUUGCAGUAUCGUUAAAAUCAGUAAAAUCGAGGCCAAUUAUUUAUCUUGUUCUUCAGUUAACAACUUUUGUAUUUUCUGUGGGCGGGAGUCUUGUGUGUUUGGGAAGCAGAGGGAAGGAGGAAGUCAGGUACUUAAGUCUCCAGUUGACUUUCCUCUUGGUACCUGUGAAUGUGCUUGGAAAAGUCAUCAACUUGAUGUACAUUUUUAGUGACAUUUUUAAAAGCAUUUGAGAUUCUAUAAAUGGCAAGUAAACCUGAAGUAAGGAUACUGCAAUUUUCAGAAGAAAGAAAGGCAGCUCUUAAGUGUUUGCAUUUUUUAUGUGGGGGGGGCAGGGAACUGUCAUUCAUUUUGCACAAUUCUUGAACUGAUGUCAGCACCUGAGUGGCUCCUGAAUUUAAGUCUGGGAAGACAACUUUUUUAUUUUAUACAUGAAUCUUUAAACAAUUCUGUGAGCAAAGUUUGUAGCUGCUGGAUUGUUGUCUGUCUUUAUAACAUGAACCAGUAAACCCACAAGUAUGGCAGAGUUUAUUCAGUUCUGUACUUGGAGCAAUCAGUAACAUACCAGGUUCUGAUGUUUUGGCAAGAAGUGGGAUAAGUAAGUGUGACCACUUAAAGCUGCUUGUUAGCAUGGAAGACUUCUCCAUUCUAAUCUUAGUAAAAACAAGCAAAAUAUGUGCUUGACACAAUAGUAGCAAAUUGGUUUGGAAUUAUGCAACUGUUUGCUAUUUAGUAAACUAGCAAAUGACUCAUGUAUUUUCUUUAUUAUGAACUGGGCAGUAUGAGUAAAACUAAAUCUUACUUGUUUUCUCGUUCCUCUCAAAUGAGGUCUUCCAUGUCUGAGGAAAAGUCUUGCACUAUUGCAUAUAUUUUGGGGACACAGAUUUUUGUAGUUUUCAUGGGGGUUGGAUUUUUUAUUUGUUUGUUUGUUUGAAACAGUUUUACAUUUUCUGAUGUAUAGUACUUGAAGUUCUUACUAGAAAAUUACUUUGGAAUUGAAGCUUUUAGCCAAACUACUUUUAAAGAAGUGGUUUUAUUGUCAGUGUUUCCCCCUUGGUCCCCAAAUGUGUAUUUCCUCUAUUCUCACUAUAUAUAUAUAUAUAUAUAUAUAUAUAUAUAUAUAUAUAUAUAUAUAUAUGCUCUCCAUGUGUAUGUAUGUGUAAGUGCCCACAAACAUGCACACACGUACACAUUUCCAAUCCAGGAUAUUGCCCUGUAACCCAUGAAAAUUGUCUGGCACCAAAAGAAAUGACAAAUGUUAAGUGUAAUAGAGAAUUAGAGCAAAGAGCCAUUCAGCUUCAGUCUUACAAUACCACAAAUGAAACAUUUAAAACAUUGUAUGGAGAAGUUUACAUGGUGAUUGCUCACCUGCAGUACUGUGGACUUUUAACAUUUUGUCCCCUUUUUAGUGAAACAGUAAAAUGUUCAUUCACCAUUUACUGUUAAUUGCUGAUUUUAUUUUAUGUUUUGAUGGUAAUAUUCUAUCCUUACAACACUAUUGCAACCAAAUUGGCUUUACCAUCUUGGCUUUAGUAGGUAUAGAAGACAAUGGAUUACCAUCUUUAUUGCUGUAAUGUGUUAAGCAUUAUAUGCUAGUAGAAUCUAGUUUGUUCCAGGUGGAAAAUAUUCUUUUGAGUUUCCAUUUUGAAUGUGUUUGGACUAAACAAUAAACUACUGAUGUCUGCAGCAUUUA